CUUAGCUCCUAGUACAAGAUUGUCCUUUCUACCUUGGCCUUAUCUCUUUUCUUUCCUUAACCGUGUAAUCCCUUUCCUCUCAAAAGAGCAAGAUGCCCACCCCAGUAUCCAGCUUCCUCGACGUCGAGCUGGCCACAGCCCUCUCCAAACUCCCGUUUCCACCACGUUACACGCGCGAACUAAUUCCAGCUGCACGAGAGAUGACAGCACUCAAAUACAACCCUGCCCUCUUACUAACGCUCUUCCCAACUGUAACCCACGAAGAACGAAUGAUCCCCGGCCCUGGCGGGGACAUACCAAUCUCCAUACUCCGACAAUUACACUCCACAGACAAAGAGAGCACCAAAAGACCAUGUAUCAUCUACCUGCACAGCGGAGGUAUGAUAAUGGGCAACCGCUUCACGGGAGCGACGAUCCCGGCCGCCUGGGUGCCUGAGUACGGCGCUGUCUGCGUGCUAGUGGAGUACCGACUUGCCCCAGAACAUCCCGCGCCGGCUCAGGUGGAGGACUGCUACGCCGCGCUGGAGUGGGCGAGUCUGAAUGCGGAGUUCCUCGGCAUUGAUCCUACCCGUGUCAUCAUUGCGGGUCUCUCCGCGGGGGGUGGGCUCGCGGCUGGGACGGUUCUUCUGGCGCGGGACCGGGGCGGUCCGGAGGUCAGGGCGCAGAUGCUUCUUGCCCCUAUGCUGGACGACCGUGACGAGACGGUUUCGUCUACGCAGUGUGGGGACCAGAUACCAUGGACGCGUGCGAGUAAUGAGAUGGCGUGGGAGUGUAUUCUUGGUGGGAAGGGUGGUAGAGAUGGGAGGGUCAGCGUCUACACUGUUCCUGGACGUGCGGAGGAUCUGUCGAAUCUGCCGCCGACGUAUGUUGAUGUUGGAUCGACUGAGGUUUUUCGGGAUGAGGGGAUUGCGUAUGCGUCUCGUCUGUUGGCUGCUGGGAGUUUGGCUGAGUUGCAUGUUUGGCCGGGUGCUUUUCAUACGUCGGAUAUGUUUGUUCCUGGGGCUGCUGUUUCGAAGGCUGCGGCUAAGGCGAGGGCUGAUUGGAUUGGCCGUAUGAUAUAG